UCCCAGACGAAGACCUGCGCCUUCUUUUCAAUGUUAAUAUCGUCGUAAAUCUCAUCGCGGGACGCUCAGUUGAUAAAUAACGUGAACCAAACGCAUGCGCCCGUGAGCAUCGAUUAUUUUGAUUGGUGCCAGAUAUUGCCAGGCUCCAGCCGUGGCAGUUUGCCACGAGCCAAAACGAAUGUCGAAUUCUUGUAACCUCGAACGCCCGGAUAAACGAUAACAAACGAUAUUCUGUCGAACAUGCGAGAGAAAUAUGUUUUGCACGUCCGUGGGAAACCGAAAUCGAAUCGUCCGCGAAACGUAAUCGAACGAUAGCGAGCACGAGGGAAAAUUUGAAACCCCGUGGACGAAUUGGUGGAAAAUUUUUCAUAUUUCUCGUCGAGUUUGACAUGCGUGAAACGACGCGGAGAUAUUUCAAAAUUUUCGUUCGUUCGGGAAUCUUCAGGAUUGAAUAGAGAAUAGGCAGAGAGUAUUCCAGUGAACGAUUUGGAAUUCAAUGGAAUUAUCGAGUGUUUGUGUUCUAAGAGUUUCCUUCGAAACACAAAGUAUCGGGUUUUUUUUUUUUUUUAACUAAAAAAAUUUGUCAAACUCGGUGGCGAGCGACGACAAGCAAUGACCACCACGAAACCGACCACCUGCAAAGAAGCGAUUCGAUUAUGGGAAGAGGCGAGCGGACAGGAGGCUUCCACCGCGAAAGAGGCAAUCCUAAGUUUUCAAUGGCCCCCAAUAGAGAAGAUGGACAACGCUCUGUCGGUUUUGGUCAACUGCGAGAAGCUCUCGUUGUCGACGAACAUGAUUGAAAAGAUCGCAGGAGUUGGAGCCUUGAAGAAUCUGAAGAUCCUUUCGUUAGGACGCAACCUGAUCAAAGGAUUCGCCGGCUUAGAGGCGUUAGGCGACACGCUGGAGGAACUUUGGAUUUCGUAUAACCUGAUCGAGAAAAUGAAGGGAAUCAACGCGAUGAGGAAUCUCCGUGUCCUGUACAUGUCGAACAAUUUGGUCAGGGAGUGGUCUGAAUUUAACAAGCUUCAGGAACUCGGCAAUCUUCAGGAUCUGCUCUUCGUUGGAAAUCCGUUGCACGAGAGCUUGGAGGUGGAAAACUGGAGAGUGGAAGUCGCCAGGCGUUUGCCAACUUUGGAGAAAUUAGACGGCGAGCCGAUCAUACGAACGGAAGAAUGCGUGAACGUGUCGCAGAAACUCGACAGUCCUGUGCAAGCACAGAAAUCUGUGGAGUAAUUUAACAAUCACGUUUUAACAAUUUAACAAUCACGUCUUUUUUUCACGAUCUUUUUCCAAUUGUACGUACUUUUAAUUUUAUAGAUUGUCGUUGGUAAUUUGCUCAAGUGCUUUAUUCGUAUAUAUAAUUUUCAAAAAAACAAACUU